AUGGGCCCUGUUGCCGACAAGGAAGGAAUGCUUUGUAUCUGCUCAUUAUUAAGGAAUACCGAUCCGUACACGAGGCGAAGUACUUCCCACGAGAAUCGGGCCAACAACGUGGGUACAUCUACACGUGUUCCGGAGAGACGCUAUGAAGUGCCUUUGGCGUCAGAAGAUCAGCCCAGAAGCCGAUCUGAAUGGGAUUUUCAUGGUCCAUCGAAGGAUAGCGCGACUAUCGAACACCGUCGAAUUGAGUAUCGCUAUCGAUCGGAAACUCGGGUGGAUUCUGAGGAGUUAGAGAAGCACGAGCAACUCCAACAACGGAUUGAGCAGCAACCAAUUUCGACACACAGACUCGUAUCAGAGUGA